AUGGCAACCAUACCUGUUAUUAUCAAGCAUCAGGGGAAGAAAUAUGAUGUUGAGCUCGAUCCUACAUCUAACGGCGAAACGUUGAAAUACCAGCUCUAUUCCCUCACUGGUGUUGAGCCAGAACGUCAAAAGAUUUUGGUCAAAGGUGGCCAACUUAAAGAUGACACCGACCUCUCGAAGAUUGGCGCGAAGCCAGGCCAGACGUUUAUGAUGAUGGGAACACCUGCAGAAGGAGGAACAUUCUCUAGACCGAAGGAAGCAAUUAAAUUUGUUGAGGACAUGACCGAAGCAGAAGCUGCACAACAAGUAGGCGCAACGCCGGCUGGAUUGCAGAACCUGGGAAAUACCUGUUAUCUCAACUCAUCUUUGCAAACUCUCAGAGUAAUUCCAGAAUUGCAAGAUUCGCUGCAGAAGUACACACCGGAUGGGCAAAGUGGCUCUAAUCUGCUCGGUGGAUUUGGACUUGGAUCUUUGGACUUGACAGCUUCGAUGCGAGAUUUAUAUAAGCAGAUGUCAGAAACACAAGAAGGGUUCCCACCACUUAUGUUCCUCAACGCUCUACGACAAGCGUUUCCACAAUUUAAUGAGAAAGCGAAGAAUGGACAUGGCUUCGCGCAACAAGAUGCCGAAGAGGCUUGGACACAAAUCCUUCAGGUACUACGAUCAAAAUUGAAGAUUAACAAUAAGGGUGGCAUUCUUGGAGGAUCUUCAUCUGCGGAAGUCUCUUUUGUCGAUAAAUAUAUGGCUGGAGCAUUCAAAUCUGUCACAGAGUGUGAUGAGCAAGCAGCGAAGGAUGGAGGUGAACAACCGGUGAAUGGAGAAGAUGUUUUCUUAAAGCUGGAUUGUCACAUCAGUGGCGCAACCAAUCAUCUCCGAGAUGGGAUUGUUGCAGGAUUGGAGGAGAAGAUUGAAAAGAGAUCCGAAGUCCUUGGUCGUGAUGCAAUUUACACCAAGAAAUCGAAAAUUUCACGCCUGCCUAAAUAUCUUACUGUUCAUUUCGUCCGAUUCUUCUGGAAACGCGAGGCUCAAAAGAAAGCAAAGAUUAUGCGCAAGGUCACAUUCCCUGAUGAACUGGACGUCGUUGAAUUCUGUACAGAUGAGCUCAAGCAAAUGUUGAUCCCGGUUAGAGACAAGGUUCGUGAGGUACGAAAGGAGGAGGAAGACAUUGAACGUGCUCGCAAGCGUCAAAAGCGUCUCCAUGAUAAAGAAGAGGCUGACAAAAAAGCUGGCCUUGUUGACGAAGCACCUUCAUCUUCAUCAAACAAAGACGAGAAGAAGGAGAUUAAAUCCAAAGAUGGCGAUACUGAAAUGGAGGAGGUUGUUUAUAAGACCGAUGCGGAGAUCGAUGCCGAAAAGGCUGCUGCAAUCUUGGAAGCCAAGAAAGAGUUACAUGCAUUGAUCAAUCCUGAGCUUGCCAAGGAUGAUGGGGCUAACAAGUCUGGCCUUUACGAACUUCGUGGCAUUGUUACCCAUCAAGGUUCCAGUGCGGAUAGUGGCCAUUACACUUCAUAUGUGAAGAAGCAAGGACCACUUGAUCCCAAGACAGGCGUACGUGGUGAGGAAGAUGGAAAAUGGUGGUGGUUCAAUGAUGACAAGGUAUCCGAGGUUGAACCUGAGAAGAUCGCUACUCUUGCUGGUGGUGGGGAAUCUCAUUCUGCGCUCAUCUUGCUUUACAAGGCCAUUCCUUUACCUACUGCUGAAGGUAUCAACCAGUAA